GCUGUGAAAAUUUUGGCACCUGAGAAUCUCAGGAGGCAUGUUGCCAUUUCCUUAUAUACUGUUGCAGAGAUUGCAGAGACUGUGGAAGGUCUUUGCUUGUGCUGAUUAUGACAGAGAACAGCAUUUUCAAUAGAAAAAUGACAAACAUCAAAUGCCCUUUUCCUACUUCAGAUAUUUGCUUAGUGGCCAACAUCCUCCUUACUUCAAGAAAGCUUGAAGUCCUUGCCUACCUUAGUGCUACAGCGAAUGCGCUGUUUUCAGAAUUCAGAUCUGGAAACGCUUCUACUGGAAAACUGACAGCAAAAUUUGUAGUGCAAGUGAUGUUGAAAAGCCAAUGUUGUUCAACAUUUUUGAAAGACAGAAAGGGCUCUUGAUUAUUUGAUCUGAAACAAAUUGUGCAUACUAUGGGGUGUUCCUUCAUAGCUUCCACUUGAGCUCUGGCAGAUGUUUUAGAAAGGCAUUUAGAUGUGACUUGAAAAGACCGCAACCCCUCAUGAAAGGCAUUAGCUAACCGUUAGGCAAUGCUGAAAACCUUCAGCUUGAAUCACCAGCAACAUCGGUGAUGGAGGUGAAAAUGGAUGGAUACGUGCCCUGGAUCUUGAGCCAUUUUGGUGCUUUUCCAACCCCUGCCAUAAAUUGGAGGCCAGGAUUGUUCUCAUUUACAUCUGUCUGGAAGGGUCUCCCUGUACAUUCAUCAUAUUUUGAAGAUUACAAUCUAGAUUGCUCUUGUACCGCUGUUUUUUGAAGCAGCAGGAUAGGCCAGCAAAGAUACUGACUUGAAAGUGUGUGCUGACAUCAUUGCUGCUGGUUUCUGACUCAGCAGAGACACAGAUGUGUUUCUCAGAGUGCAGGAUGUUGUUUCAGUUACUCACGCUUCAGAGACUGUUUGGCAUGAAAGACCAAACAGGGUGGAAACUUUCACUUUGAGCAAAAGAACAGUUUUAAUCGAGCCCACAUGCUUGUACCUUUUCAUGUCUGUCUUUUCCCACUGCUCUCCUAGGCCACAUGCUCAACUCACCGGACUGAUGGUGGCAAAAAGAAGGUAAUUUGGUUAACAGUGAAGAUGAAUUUCUGGAAAAAAAAAAACAAAAAACUAUGGGGCUCUUGAACAACAAAAUGGGGAAAGAUGCUCCAGUCACUGCUGAAGAUCCUGGCACAACAGAUUUCUUAGAGGAAGCACACGGAUGACCACAUGAUGCCCUUGUGCUGCCAGAAGUCCUUGUUUUCUGCCCAUCUCUUCUCCUUGGCAAGCUGCAGCACAGAUCUGGCACAGCUGAGAGGGAUUUUCAGCUCCCCAGUUAAAGUACUCUGUAGGAUGCAUCUAGAAAGCCAGCAUUUAUGUAAACAUUUGGUAACAGCUACACUGGGGCAAUGAGGACGUAACCUCUGUAUUUCAUUGUCUGAGGAAGGUGAUUAUAAUGAUGACCAGAACAUCUCUGCAAUGAGUUGAAACGUGCAAAAUGUUGCAGGCUUUCUUGAAAAUGUUCGUGUUCAAUUUGUGAAACUCAUACUUCUCAAAAAAGCCUCUCUUCAGGUGAAGAGAACGGUUUUCUUCUUACUGCUUGCACGUAGGCAUUCUUGAUCUGACAUGACUUGCAACCACAAGAGAGCACUCUUUCCUUUGAAGAUUUCUCUGCUUCUCCAGAAGGCUAGAGACAUGCCAUAUAAGUUUGCAAACUGCUUGUGAGCUGUUUCAGUUAGACCAGAGCAGCCGAAACAACAAAGCUUGCAGUUGUCUUUUGGAUUUCAUUGUGAAAAGCCUUUGGGUAGUUUUCAGAUGACAGAAGAUCCUCGGUUCCUGAAAGGGAGGAGUUCUGCCAAAACUUUGAAGAUCCCUGUAAACUUUGCAAAUUACGCUGCUUUUGGAGACAAUUAUAUCAAACGAUAUUGUGGAUUACAAUACAUGAGAAGUGUUUAGAGCCUGGAAGAUUAUUUAUGUUUGGCGUUAACUCGUAUGGUCAUAAUUUCAAGAAGGGAGAAAAGGAAUACACAGGAACCCUCUUAUUAUCUUUUGAAAUAUGAAGAUCAGAGGAAAAGGAAGGUUUAGAAGUGUGGAGUGAUGGUCCUCAAAACCUGUCUAUAAAUUAGCUGGCAUCCUGCAUCUAUAAAAACAAGGCUUAGAGCUGAUUUCCAGGCACGAGUGGACCUCCUGAGUCAUCAGCAGUGCUUCAAGAUCUGAGUUUCUACACUCUGCGGGCAGAAAUUGCCACCUGUGGGGCAGAGUGCCUGUACAAAUGUUUCCUUCUUGCCUGGAUUGAUACAGGAUUUGGAAGCCAAAUUAGGGAGCUGACUGUGCUGGUGAGAAAAGACAGAGCAUGGACAGCAGUAAAGAUGACGAUGGACUGUUGAACAGGAUUGCAUUUUCAGGAGCGAUGCCCCUGGCUAACAGCCACCUACAUCCCCAUGGGGUUCCCCUGAGAGAGCCCUUUGGGGUUCCCUUCCACCUAGACCCGUCGUACUGGGAGCGAGCCUAUGGCGGGCACGCAGGUCGCAUCUCCUACAUCCCAUUCCCUGGCUACGUGGGCGUCUACGACUAUUCCUUUGAGCCUGCCUUCAUUCGAAAGAGGAACGAGAGGGAAAGGCAGCGGGUGCGCUGCGUGAACGAGGGCUACACACGCCUGAGAGAGCACCUGCCCAAGGAAUUUGCUGACAAGCGCCUCAGCAAAGUGGAGACCCUGAGAGCGGCGAUAAGCUACAUCAAGCACCUGCAGAGCUUGCUGGACUGCCAUCCCCUGGGGUCUAGCAGUAAGGAAACGCCCUCCACCAAGGCACUCCCGGAUGCUCCCAGCCCUGGUCUUCUGCGGGAAUGCAACAGUGAUGGAGAGUCGAAAGCCUCCUCAGCCUCAUCCCCCUACAGUGAAUUUGAGGAGGUGGGUAGCUAAGAAUUGGCCCCUUGGAGAUGGAAGCCUUCAAGACCUUCUGAAAGCCAAAACUAAAUCCCCUGGGAUUUUUCUGCGGAUUAAGAUGAAUACCAGGAAAAGGGAAAACAGCCAGGAGAAAAGAUAAAGGUAUUUUCACUCUGCCAAAGGACAACUAUGUUGUCUGCACAACACUCAAAGAUGAUCAGUAAGCAGACAGACCUCACUUAGGUUGUUCCAGCUGUAUUACUGAACUUCAGAUUGUUAAAACUGAAGCAACUUUUUGCUUUCUACUUUUCACUCAGCUUUUGUUCUGUUUGUCUAUUUUCAUUUGCCUUUCACGCAAGGAGAGAACAAAACCAGAUAAAUCCAUUUCAGGAAAUUCCCCUUCCCUUUCUCCUGCUUCCUCCUUGAAGUUUUUAUUUUCCUGACUGCUAACUUGGAAUACACCGGGUUACAAACAUUUCGACUGGGAAAGGUAAGAUCUAGAUAACACAUCUUUCCCUAAAAUUUUUAGAACACUCCCAGAAAUGCUCCUGUUUCUGAAAAGACAGUGUUUUUUAUAAACUUGUGAAUGAUUUUUUUUUAUGGCAUCUUCUAAAGCGAAAGAAGCAACUCAUGCAUUGGACUCUGGCUAUUUGGUGAUUAUCAGAAGGAUGAUUUUCAGGAAGAGAAAGUCUGACACUUUCACUCUAAACUGUUCUAGAAAGUGGUAGACAGAGAUAUGUAAAACUGCACCUAAAAAGGCGCAGCUUCACUUCUGAUACUGAAAAAAUGCUGCCAGCCUAUUUCUUUCUUUACUCAAAAUUGAGUUCGCACACAAAAUAGUCUGGAGUAUGUCUUGUUGACUGGUCAGAGCUUAGAAAUAGGUUCCUAUAGCGGUUAUGUAGUGGUAUGUACAAAAAGGGUAACAUGAAAUAUAUCAGUUUACAUCUGUGUGAAGCUGUAGGCAUUUCUCCUUUUGAUCAGAAUAUUUCAUUACCUUUUCAAAGAAUAUACCUUUUCAAAUGAAGGUCUCAAAGUGUAUGAAAUACCUUCGGUUUGGACAAUGUCUGCUUAAAAUGAGAACUUUUCUCCAAAUUGCUCAAAAAUCUUCUUUCUCCAAGGACAGAUUUAAUUAACAUUUAGCUAUGUGCUUGAAACCCAUUGUGAAUAUGAGGUAGACUCCUUCCUACUUGUACAUCUUACACAAACCUUCCAAACUUCUGCUUUUUUGGCCUCACUUUGGCAAAAUGGUUUUGCAUCAUUUUGUCUUUCCUUCACAAUGUGCUGACUGAGCACCUGAAAAAAUACUUGUGUGUAAAUGAGAAUACAUACUGAUUAAAUACCUCAGAUGUGUCCAUAAAUUUCAUUUAAAUAAAAAAUGCAAUACAUCCUG